GACAGGUCGCAGAGACAGAGAGAGACACAGGCCAGAGAAGAGACACCAACCAAGAAGAGACAGGAAACAGAAAAAGAAGAAGACGGUGUUCGAUGGCAUUCAAUCGAGAGAAAAAGAGACUAGUUAGAAAAAGAUGAGGAACUGAGAAGACAGGAUACUGUGAAAAAAACAGAUAACCCACUAACCAGACAUUGGCAUGGGGAACCACCUGGAGAAAUAAGGAGAAAGAGAAGAGAGCGUUACUGUGAAAAAACAACUGGUAGACAAGAGAAUGAGAGGCACUUCAGAUGCUCUUUGUGAGGACUGAGUUACACUGAGACUAACAGACCAAACAACCAACUAACCAACUCACUAUCCUACUGACACCGGCUAACUGACCAACCGACUAACCAACCCACCAACCCACCAACCCACACAAUAGUCUCUGCACAGUAUGCGCCUCUUCAACAAGGACCUGAGGCUGCAGGACGUGACUCUGAUGUACCUGACCGUCUUAGCCACCCUGGUGGUGAUACUGGUAGCCUCCUACCAGGUAGAUCCUGCUGCCAGCCCCUCCAGGGGAGGAUCCACCCCAACCUCCACCUCCACCCCGGUGCAGCUGCCCUACCACAUGCCCCUGGACCCCCGCGGACACCUCCAUCUCUCUUGGAACAUCUCCUACCCCCUCCAGGAGCUGUAUCUGGAGGUGCUCUGCAGCGAAAUGAAACAUGGCCUGGUCCUGGGAAUGUCCGACCGCGGGGAGCUCACCAACGCUGACCUGGUGGUCCUCUGGGACGACGGCCACCAGUCCUUCUUUGGGGAUGCGUGGAGUGACAGUCAGGGUCAUGUGAGUCUGGACAGCCAACAGGACUACCAGCUGAUGGACACCAGGCAGACACCUGAGGGAUUCUCCCUGCUGUUCAAGAGACCCUUCAGCACCUGCGACCCCAGAGAUUACAUCAUAGAGGAGGGUACUGUUCACCUGAUCUACGGAGUGUUGGAUCAGCCAAUCCGCUCGCUCCAGCAGCUCAACCUGUCCCAGAUUGAGACGGGAGUGCAGAGGGCCCUCCUGCUGCGCCCAGACACCCCACCCCCCUCCCUGCCCCGAGACGUACAAACCCUGGAGGUCCGGACCCCCGACAUCACCAUCCCCACCCAGGAGACCACCUACUGGUGCCACAUCUUCCAACUGCCACCCAACAUGCCCAAGAACCACAUUGUCAUGUAUGAGUCGGUGGUAACCCCUGGUAACGAGGCCAUAGUGCACCACAUGGAAGUGUUUGAGUGUUCUCCUGAGAUGAGUACAGUCCCACAGUACAGCGGGUCCUGUGACUCCAAGAUGAAGCCUGCCAGCCUCAACUACUGUCGCCAUGUUCUGGCGGCCUGGGCUAUGGGGGCAAAGUCUUUCUACUACCCAACUGAUGCAGGGCUGCCUCUAGGAGGACCAGCGUCUUCCAGGUUUCUUCGACUAGAGGUGCACUACCACAACCCACUCCUCAUAUCAGGUCGUAAGGACAACUCUGGGGUGCGUCUCUACCACACCCCCAGCUUAAGGAGGUACGACGCGGGCAUCAUGGAGCUUGGGCUGGUCUACACCCCGGUCAUGGCCAUACCACCCAGAGAACAGAACUUCCAUCUCACAGGAUUCUGCACGUCCAAGUGUACACAAACUGCCCUUCCUCCAGGGGGGAUCAACAUCUUUGCGUCCCAGCUGCACACUCACUUGGCGGGGAGAGGGGUGAGGACGGUCCUGGUGAGGGGUGGAAGAGAGGUGAAGGUGGUACAGGAGGAUAAGCAUUUCAGCACCCACUAUCAGAUAAUCAGAAUGCUGAGGAAGAUGGUGACAGUGCUGCCUGGGGACGUCCUCUUGACAAAGUGCACAUACAACACAGAGGACAGGAGCCAGCCUACAGUGGGAGGCUUUGGGAUCAUGGAGGAGAUGUGUGUGAACUAUGUACACUACUACCCCAGAACUCAACUAGAACUCUGUAAGAGUAACAUUGACCCUGGAUACCUGCAGAAGUACUUCAGCUUCAUCAACAGGUUCCAGGGCGGUGAUGCGUGUAGCUGUGGUCAGACCAGUGUGACGGACCAGUUCUCCUCUUUGUCCUGGGACUCCUUCAGUGGAGAGGUUCUCAACUCUCUCUACAACACCGCUCCCAUCUCCAUGGCCUGUAACCAGUCCUCUGCCAAGCUCUUCCCUGGCGACUGGGAAAGGCAGGAGCUUCCUGUUGUGACAUCACAGCUCCAGAGGCCCCGCUACCCGUGUGAGGGGGGCAAGCUGCCCUCCCAGAGCAGUGAGCCCACCGUGGUGCAGCCUGACAGGGGAGAGGAGGUCUGAUGCCCCUCUCCUCUGUCUGAAUAUCAACCCCCUUCUAACUCUCUCUGGUGAUCUACUUCACCUCCACCACAUCAACAACACAAGGACUAGCAUGAUAUCAGCUCUGUCAUCAUCACAUUGCAGUAUUAUUACACAGUGAAUUACGACAACAUACUCCAACAUCUCUCACCAGAUAUGUUUUGUCCAAUGAAUCUGAAAACAUUGUCACAUUGUUGGGUGAAGAUACUGGUGGAUAAAUAUGAAGCUUGAUUUUACUGGUCGUCGUGGUUUAUCAUUUUAAGCUGUAUGUUAAUCAUUGACAUCAAGAACUGCAUAUCAAUGAUACAUGUUAAAGUCUUCUAAACCUGUCACUCAAUUGAUUUGGACAUAUAGGACCAGUUUCCCAGAGACAGAUUAAGCCUAGUUCUAGUCCCAUGCUUAACAAAUAACAAUAUUGUCUGUCCCAAAGAAAGAAUCCCUGCAUUGCAUUUGAAAUGAAUCAAUAAAGUGUAUUGAAGAAUUCA